UGAGUGGAACACUAUUGUGACUUUCUUCCCGUUCAACAGUAACAAACACCGUAGACCUCUACCUGUACGCACCACACAGGGAGGGGUUUUGAAUGCUGUUGUGCGACUGUCAAGAGGCACUGGAAUUUGAAAUCGAGGAAAUAAGACGUCGGACUGAAGAGCAAACGAAUGGCGAGAGAAUACGCUAAACAUUGCCCCGCAUCACCAAUGAAAAACAGUUUGUUGGUGACAGCAGCGAUCCUUCUGAUUAUUCAAGCUGCUUCGUGUCAGCGGGUGAGGGUGGAGACUGAGGUGGAGGCGUACCCCACCGAGUCGGUCGACCUCCGCUGUCAGUUUGUCGACGGAGGAAACACCAAGCUCACACAGGUGUCGUGGAUAUGGGAGCCCACGGAAGGCCAGCGGGACAACAUUGCCGUCUUUCACCCCACAUACGGCGAGAGCUUCCCCGAAUCUCCCUUCUCUGGGCGUGUCCGCUUCAUCCAAGGCACCUUGACAAGCCCCUCCAUUACCAUUACCAGCCUGAAGAUGGCCGACGCCGGGCGGUACACCUGCGAGUACGCCACCUACCCCAGCGGCAAUGAGCAAGGCACCACCAAUCUGGUCAUGCUUGCUAAACCCAAGAAUUCGGCAUCUCCCGUUGUCGUCCAAGCCAGCACCAGCGGCGAACCAGUGGUCGUGGCCCAGUGCGAGGCUGCCGACAGCAAGCCAGCGGCCACCAUCAAGUGGAUGGGAGCGGUUGGUGGCACUGAAAACACCACCUCCGUAAAAGGGCCGGACGGCACGGUGACUGUGAGGAGCGAGUACCUCAUAGUGCCCACGCCAGAGGACAACGGCAAGGAGGUCACCUGCAUAAUCAGCCAGCGCACCCAGGACAAGCCCCAGACCUUCCCCAUGAAGUUGGCCGUCGAGUAUCCCCCGACUGUGUCCAUAGUGGGCUAUGAUAACAACUGGUACAUCGGCCGAACCGACGCUGUCCUGACCUGCCAGGCCACUGGCAACCCUGCCCCCACCACCGUCACUUGGACAGUCAUGUCAGGUCCUAUGCCUGACACAGUGCAGAUCAACGCCAACAAGCUGAUCGUGCGGAAGGUGGACGAGGCUGUGAACACCACCUUCGUCUGCGAGGUGAAGAACCGGCUGGGAGUGAGCAAGCACCAGGUCACCACAGCGGUCAUCGAGGCCAUAGUGGACCCGUCCAACGUGGGCGUGGUGGCGGGGGCUAUCAUCGGCAGCCUGCUGGCCCUUCUGCUGGUCAGCGCGCUGAUUGCCGUCCUGGUGACCCGCAGUCGCCGGCAACGGCGCGGCUACCCCGGCAACGGAGAGCCAGGCCCCUACGGGAACAAAGCCCGCCUCUUCGGCGGAGCUGGCAACAAGAAUGGAGGCACUGGGCUCAACAUCAAUGGGCCCAUCUAUACGUACCGCGAGAGUGACCCCGGAGCACUGGCCAAGGUUAACGACUUCCACGGCCCGCCAGGCUCCAACCCCACCGCCCACGACAUCCUGCUGAGCAGCGAAAUGGAUGAGGCGGAGCGCAGGAAGUUCGACGCACUCGACGGCAGCCUGGAGGAGGAAGAGGAGCGCUAUGACAGCUUCAGCGUGGGCAUGGCGCCAGCCUAUCACAUCCACCGGCGCGACGACGAGAUGGGAGGGGUCAGCAUUUACCUGGAUGACGACAUGGAGUCACAGCGGGACGGGUCGGUCAUCUCUCGGACUGCCAUCUACGUCUAGAGAGGGACGGUCAACCAACAGGGUCCAGGAGGGAGAGCUGAGGACAGGGAGGAGAGUUCAACACCAACCUCCAACCACCUGUCUGGAAUGAUCCCAUCAACCACCCUUCCCCUGCUUACUCUAGAGACAUGCUUCGCUUAUGAUUAUUUUCUAUUAAAAGAAAUCACCACAGAAACAAAACAAGGAGUUGAAACGGUUCUGUAACUGAUGGACAAGCAGAGGGAUGACUUGAGGGCGCUGCUGAAUGACUAGACGUCUCGAAGUCAGUCAGUCAGACUUUUUCUUGGUAAGGAAACGUACCGUUCAAUGUCACCUUCAUGGGAAAACUUUAGACGCAUUCGUAGAUGGUCACACUAGUUCUAUAACCACUGCUACUGCUUCGAGAUGUCCUCCGGGGAACCGCGGUGUGGAGGGCAAGGAACAAAGCUGUGACUUGCUUAAUGUGCAUCAUCACAGGCAUUCAUACACAGCGUUAUGUAAUGGUCUUUGUAUUGUCAAGAUGUUUGGGCCUUAAGGGCCUCGUUGAAGCACGUUCGGUUUUAAUGACUAUUAGGCGAGGUUCUUCCCACCAACUUAGUUUCCAACUUUAUUUUCAUGCACUUUUCCUUCUUUCUAAUGGCUUUGUGAUUCUUUGUGAUCAGCGGAUCAGCUGGCACCGUCCGAGGUGUGCUAGCCUACCAUGCUUAGGGUCCAAAACCAGCGUGUCUAGUUUGCCUAGGGACAGAUAACAGACCCACUGACAGAUGGACAGGCACACCCAUCUCUAACUGGGCCUCCUGCUCUGCCUGUCAGUUUGACCAAUUAGACGGGAGCACCCUCCAUUUCCCCGGCAAGUCGAUCAAUGCGCCGUCUUUUUAAUGGCAACGAGAUGUUUCGCUGCCGACGCUCGAGGAUCAGAGGCAGAGGCGGAAUAUUUCCCUCUCUGUUUUUACCAGAACAAGCUGUUCCUUCCCCGCAUGUUUAAUUCAGGAGUGGAAGAAGCAUAAAAGUGUUGCGCGUUACCUUGUGCGGAGGGAUAAGAGAGAGAGGCUGGUAUUGAGUACUUGUGCGAUUUAAUCCAGUUAAACCAAGCUGCACAUAGGGCUGAAAUGACGAUAUUUUGCUCCCGAAUACAGUAGGAAUUAUGAGGUGGUAUGAGGUAGACCGUCUAUGAUCAAUUAUCUACUUAGUCUUAGAAAUAUUAUUUUUUAUUUUAGCAGGGCGGAAUACUUAGUAGAGUAUUUAUAUUUGUCAUUUUUUUGCUGCGUCUCUGUGUAAUCUCUUCUGGCCUUCUGGCCUUCUAAGGGGGCAGUAACACAUUAAAUAUGCCUGUGACUGUGUGUGGGGGUAUUUCUGACCAUGUGCAAGGCCCAUUAGUUCUAAGCCUUGCCGGCAUAUGUGUUUUUGAGUUCUGAGUGGACCGAAUUUGACUCUCUGCCAGACCUGGAACGAGGGUAAGGAGCUAACCCCACCCGCAGUAUGUUCCACUGUCGGAUUAGCGGCGUACACUUUAAAGCAGCGGCCGCGUGUGGGUGUGCUGACGAGUGUGUCAAUUGUGCAAGGGUGUGUGUAGCGUGAUUGAACAGAUUUGUGUCGGCGAGUGGAUUUUGCGUUGUGUGUGUGUGUGUGUGUGUGUGUAUAUCCCACACGCUGAUUCACCGCGUAAUAGCUCAAUAUUAUGCAGGAGUUGUUUUUGCAUAAUUUCAUACAUAUGGAUUGCUAAGCCUAUCCUGAUUUUAUCUCGGGAGUCAUUCAUCACUCAUUUCAUGCACAGUAACCUCACUGAUGAAGGGGUUGGGGGACGGUGAUAGGAAACUGCUUAGCACGAGGACCCGCAUGGACAUGAAUAUUUCACUGGCGGAGCUGGAGUGACUCAAAGGGCCUUUGGAGUGGUCUCCUGUGCCACCCCUUGACAGAUGGAAACUUGAUUGGGUAUUGGUAUCCGGGCCGCUGCUCUGAAAAUAUUGUGUUUGACUCCUCCUCCUUUGCCUUUUUUUAUCACAGAUUCAUAUCACAUUAUCAGAUCAUCACCACUGUGUCCAAAUGAACGGUUUGUCUUCCUUAUGAUGUUUUGUGCGAAUGGAUAUAAGCAUUUUAACAGUCUUAUGUGAAGUGUUGGUUGUGUAUUUGUUGAUGUAAAAAAAAAAAAUCAUUUAAUGAAGUAAGUGUGUAUUUAUCUUCGAGGCUUCCGAUAAGAAAUGUUAUUUAGAAGUGCUGUGUAGAUUAUGGUAAAUUGGUCCAUUAACACAGACUACUAUUAUGGGAAUUGGUUGCAAAAUAACCAAUGAAUACAAAUGACCUUACUGUAAUUACAUGUGUGUCAAUGCAUGUAUCUUGUAGCCUACUGGUACAUUAUAUUAUCGAGGGCCUUGAACUCUAAGCUGCUCUCACCAUCUUCUCCACACACACUCUCUCUCUCUCUUUCUUCCACAGAUAAACUCACGUGAGAGCAUAUAAUCACCCUCUCUCAAGAUCUGUUUCACCCAUAGAAUGCACGCACACACACACACACACACACCUACACACACACACACACACACACACAAAUAUCUUUCCCCGACCUGACACACACCUUGAGUGCAAUGCCUCCCAUUAGCAGGGGCAAGCUUGUUCCUCGUUGGGCUCCAUCAUCAUUCUCCAUCUUGCUAUUAAGAUGAACAGAGAGAGAGAACAUCUCUCUCUACAGAGGCUUAAAACCUUUAAUUCCCCAUUUCCCUGUUUUUAAGAAGUAAACCCAGCACCAAUUUCACAUGAAAUAAAAAGUUACGUUUCUGGGAUGAAAUUACUCUCCCUGUCUAAGGGCAGUGGUGGUGGUCAUUUUAAAAAGCCUAAUGGGUCACGACAGCCUACAAUUCAUGCUCGACUCUAAACUAAAGACAACCAAACAAAGCCUUAAAUUCACAAUUCCACCACAUGCAGUAUUCCCCGUGUCCCUCGUGUACAUAGUAUAAAUAAAUCGAACAUAACAUGCAACAAGCAUGACUAAUUGAUGUGGUCAUGUUAGCCCAGUUGCUGGCAUAAUAAGAUAUUCAAUUUUUUCGGCUAAAUUCUACAGUGGGGUAUGUUUUUUUUCUUCUUUUCUUGAGCACAAUAUUGACGGGAUUAUGACCUGGAGAAUAUGACUAAUAUUAAAAUGCUCCUAUAUUCCCAGAUGUUUGUCUCUCACUACAAGCUGCUAGUAUAACGAUGUUCUCUGUAUCGCCAUCUGACAUUGUGGGUGUUUCGUUCCAGUUUGUCCUGUCACAUUUAUUUUUGUAUUCUAGUGUUAUUAAAGUAUGAUGGGUUUCUAAAUAUGA